UUCAGUCAGUGAUUUCUUUUUGAGAUGUUUGGAAACACGUGGCGCUAGUGUUCUCCGUCCUCCUGUGUGACUGUGAUUGUCAAUCGUGGAUGUGGAAUGUUUUGUGUUGUGAAUUAGUGCUCGUUUAAAAGAAAUUGUUUUAGUUUCAUUUGUCAUGCGGUUACAUGCGAGUAUCGUUAGAUAAGUAAGGGCAGUGCUGUGAUAUUGCAGAAACAAUCCAAACAGUGUGGAAUGGUUCGGGAGUGUUGGCGUUGUUUUGUCGAUUUGCGCAGUUGAGGCGAGCUCGGCACGAUGGGGAAGCUGCUUUCGAAAAUUUUUGGCAACAAGGAGAUGAGGAUACUGAUGCUGGGACUCGACGCUGCGGGAAAGACUACUAUUUUAUAUAAAUUAAAAUUAGGUCAGUCAGUCACAACGAUACCCACAGUUGGUUUCAAUGUAGAAACUGUAACGUAUAAAAAUGUAAAAUUUAACGUAUGGGACGUCGGGGGGCAGGACAAAAUACGACCGCUCUGGAGGCAUUAUUAUACAGGCACUCAAGGUCUGAUCUUCGUGGUGGACUGCGCCGACCGGGACCGCAUCGACGAGGCGCGCCAGGAGCUGCACAGGAUCAUCAACGACCGCGAGAUGCGCGACGCCAUUAUACUCAUCUUCGCCAACAAGCAGGACUUGCCUGACGCGAUGAAACCGCACGAGAUUCAAGAGAAAUUAGGGUUGACGCGCAUCAGGGACCGCAACUGGUACGUGCAGCCGUCGUGCGCCACGUCGGGCGACGGGCUGUACGAGGGGCUCACGUGGCUCACGACCAACCACAAGUUAUGAGCUGCGGAGUAGGCGGUGCCUGCCGCCUCCAGCACGCACGAUGACAAUUUCGAUGCCAUUUAUUAUAAGUAUGCAGCGUCUGUGCUUGUUGGUCCGUGAUAUACAAGAUCCAGUGAACCAGUGUUGGUUGUUGAUUGGACUCAAAGUGAGGGUACACAGACAUUAACGCAGUGAACCUAAAGACAUUACAUAGUUAGCAUACAAGUGAACUAAUUGUAACACAAAUGAGAAAUCAAUUAUUCCAUUAUUUAAAUGAAAAAAAAAAUUAGAGCUUUGUUGUAUCGAAAUAUUUGAUUAUUAUUUUUUUAUGUUAUUUAAAAAAUAUGAAACGAUUACAUAGAGUAAAAUAUGUUUUUUUUUUAUUAUUAUUAUUAUAUUAUUAAUGUUUACCUCCAUUUCUUUUGUACAUGAUAAUAAAGUAGUAGGAAGUUUAUAAUAUUAUGGUGGCAUAUUACAAAGUGCGAAUGUUAGUUUUUUGUUUUUUUUUUAUUAGAAAAAACUCCAUGGGAGAGCCUCCUUUUUAGACUAUACUUGCCUAAAAUUGUAACAUGAUUUUUGUUACAAAGUAUCUUUGAACAUUUUAGUGUAUUAACUUUACUCUUUGAUGAAAAAGAUCCAACAAUUAGGUAUAUUAAAUGCAAUCGGUACAAGUCAGCAGUGGCGUGCAUAAGGUUGUUAACUAAGGCAGGCGCUAAACGAAUAAAAAUAAUUCACUCACGUCAUUUCGUAUGAUCCAAGAUAAACACAUCUCUUAUACCUCUCUUGUGAUACCCUAAUAUAGAUCUAUAGAUCUGCUAUUCUGUAAUAUUCUUAUUUUGUAUAACUCACAAAUGUGUUUCGGAUUCAACUCCAUCUCUCUCUGUCUAACACGAUACUAUAGCAAGAGAAAGACAGAGGUCAAAUCGAAAGUAGAGUUAGACGAAACAUCGUUACAUAAUAGUGGGAUUUUUUAUAUUCAUAGCGUUUUUGUGUUACAUCGUAACAAACAAACUAAAACCAAAUAUUACCUUAUAUUAUUUUAGAUAUCUAGUCUAUGUCCGAUUUUAACCACUAAAGCCUUUAUAUCUUAAUAUACUAAGGGAAUUUGCAUGGUGUUUAAUGUGAACAUAACGUAAAAAUAAUGGCUUCUUUUUUUCUUGACGUUCGCACAUCGUAAAAUGCUACCUACAACGCUGGUUGCACAUUGGCUUUGAUCGUAUUUUUUUUUGUUCUUUACAAGUUAGAAAUUGACUACAAUCUCACCUGAUGGUAAGUGAUGAUGCAAUCUAAGAUGGAAGCGAGUUAACUUGUUAGGAUUAGAAUGAAAAUCCACACCCCUUUCGGUUUCUACACGACCACGCAUCGGAACGCUAAAUCGCUUGGCGCGGUACGUCUGCCGGUAGGGUGGUAACUAGCCGCGGCCGACGCCGCCCACCAGCCACAAUAUAAUGCGAGGAAUUACCAUAUCCUACGCCAAAGCUUCUGGCAUGGGGACAGCAAAACCAUAACACUGAAGGCAUUAUAUUAUCUAGUCUACCUAUGAUCAUAUAGAUUGAUCUCUGCCUUUGAUUGAGAGGGCGUAGGUUUGAAUCCGGUCCGGGGCAUGCAUUUCCAACUUUUUAGUUACCUAUGUGCAUUUUAAGAAAUAAAAUAUUAUGUGCUUCAAAAGAAUAACAUCGUGAGGAAACUUGGAUACCUGAGAUUUUUUUAAAUUCCAAUCUGCCAAUCCGCAUUGGGCCAGCGCGUUGGCCAUCCUAACCCCUCUCAUUCUAAAAGGAGACUCGUGCUCAACAGUGAGCCGAAUAGGAGUUGUUAAUGAUGAUGAUAAUUAUCUAUGAGUUAAGUAUAGGCCCAGGAACAAAAUAUUUAUUAACGACCAUAAUAUCUAGCUUUGUGUGUGUGUUAUUGUGGAAUUAAAAAGUUAGUAGUGCUUAGAAGAACAUGUUAAGCCCAUUGGUCCUGCUGGUCUAUUCACUAUUUUGGUCUUAUUAUAAACAUAUUGAAGUGGACAACAAAGUGUCAUCUACAUAUCCGACGUAAGCACCGGAUGACAUUUAUAAUUUGUAUCAUAGUAUGUGGAUGAAAUUUUGUCAAUUGAUUUGUUUUUUAUUUUGAUGGGUUGAUAAUAAAGAUCAAGAUAGCAAAAAGCGUCCCUGGUUAUUGUCAUGAACAUCUGAUAGUGGUUUAAAGAUUUUAACAUUAUCAGCCUAUCCGGCGCCAUACCCCAUUGGCUGAUUAUGAUGAUGAUGAUGAUAAUAAUGAUGAUGAUGAUGAUGAUGAUGAUGAUGAUGAUGAUAAUGAUGGUGAUGGUUAUGAUCUUUUGCUUUACUAUACUAUUCACGAUCUAUUUAUCAACGACAGUCAUCUAUUAAAGAUCUGUUUUAGGACGAAAGCCAAUAUGCCGCCAGCCAAGUAUGUACGUUAUUUGAUAAUAGUAUAUGACAGUCGCGAUAGGAGAAAGAUUUAAUACGAGUAUUUAUAAAGCAAUAACGAAAGCACGCCUGCGUAAAUAUAGUGUAAUAUUGUACAGUAGCUUAUUUUGAAUUGGUAAUGCAAAUAUACAGUAGAUUUUGACUCGAGACAGACUGAACUUUUGUGUAUAAUAUGGGCGUAUUUAUAUUCUAAACGAAUUGCGGUAUAAUAAAAAAAUAUUAGUGUAAAAAGUGUUGAAAGAAAUCCUAUUAAUUGAUUAUACUGCUAAAGCGUGGUAUAAGCUCUGAGUAUGUCGGACUAGUUUCGAACCCAUACGGGAUCCUUAUUCAUGAGCUGGUUCCUUCAACGCGGCACUAUCCAAUCCGCAAAUCAUUAUAUCCGUUUUGAUAAGGCUUCUGCCCCCCCUAGCCAAAUGGUACAUCGAUUCUCUUUUUACAAUCGCUAACGCUUCGAAAACUAGAAAGAUGAAUGGGACUGAUAUUUGCUAUCAACAGGUCACGUGAUCAAGAUCUGUUAUUCCCAGUUUUCGAAGCAUUAGCGAUCGUAGAAAGAGAAACGACGUGCCACUUGGCUAGGGGGGGCUGUAUUGUCAAGGGAAAAGUUUCUAGUACCUCGUAAGAUACGAGAAGCAAAGAAAUUAGUUGUCACCCGAAUAUUAAUCGGGAUCAUGGGUGGUUGCUGCAGACAGCGAGGAAACCGGUAUUUCUAUCAUUGUCGCAAAUAACAAACUUGGUACAAGAUAUUAGUUCGGUUUGCUCACAAGAAGAGUCUAAUGAAGAUGACAUUAAUGAACCGUAGGAGAGAGUAACGGAACCUUCACUCCCCACCACUCAACGCCUCUCCUAACGCGCAAUGCGAGCGGCUGCGCGCCGCGCCGCCGCUUCGGAAUUUGGAUCGUGCCGCGUUGCCAGAAGCAGCUCAUGACUAAGGACCCCGUAUGGGUGCGAAACUAGUCGGCCAUAUUCCGACCUCAUAUCACGUGUUAGCCGUGUUUAAUCAAUUAAUAUGAAUAACACUCACGAUAGUUUAAAUUCUAAAAUAUGUAAAUCCUAUUAGAUUUAUUGCAAGGGCUUUGUUUUUUUUUUUAAUAGGAAUGCAUGUAAAAUAUUCUUAACACAAUUGACAUUCCCCAUAUACGGAUCUGGUUUACAGUAAUAACUAAAACUGUUUAAAACUUAAGUGUGAAUUAUUUUAUUUAAUCGAGUACUAAGCCGACAGCGUAUACUCGUUUUCCGUAUUCGUUUUCCUAAUGUGUAAUUUCGAUUUGGAAUUCCGUGAGACUACCGCACAGACUUUACUUCAUUCGGAAUGUAUAGUGUCGCGGAAUUUAUUCCGUUCUGAAAAAAACGUGUGCGUCAUUUAAUGUAUUUUAUAUUGAUUACAUGCAUUCGGUUUUCCGCACACGGUAAACGUGUGUAUGCGGUCGGUCUUCGCAGGAUAGUCAUUAGAACCUGUUUGAAAUAGUUUUUUCCUUGUCAGAAUAGAUAAUAUUUUGUAGUAUAAUUUAUUAACUUCUAUGGAAAAAAUGAAAUGUCAAACAUAGUGGGAUUUAUCAACUGAAAGUUAAACUAACUAGUUUCCUCAAAUUAUCGAAUGAUGGUUUUGAUGAGUUUGUUGUAUUUAAAUAGAAAAACCUCGUAAUGGAUGUGAUUAGAUUGAACUAGUAUUUUGAAAAAAAAAAUGGGCUUUUUAUAAGCUUUUAUUAAACACAAUUAUGCGAAAGUUAGUUUUUAAAGCUGAACCGAUCUUGACUAAAUUUGACUAUUUGAUAUAAAUUGCAAGUACUUGCACCUGUGUGUUAUUUUUUAGUUUAUUCUUUAACAUUUUGUAUUUUUGUAUUCUAAUUUCACUAUCAAUAUUUUUACGAGAAUAUGAUUGUUAAAAAUGUCAUAUGAUAAUUAUUAUUUACUUUAGACAAUUUGUGGCGGUUGCAGUGCGUAACCGGAUCCGAAUCUGUGAAAAUACAUCCUGAAGUGAUCAUAGAACUACUUUGUAUGCUGAUAUUUUGUCUGUUUCUCUUUAUCGCAUAUUUGCGCAUCUGGAAUCAAAUCAGGCAUAUGAGUAUCCACACUGUUUGACAGCGACGCGGAUACCAAAUUCCGAAUUCGGUCCAUAUAGAGUUACGCAUAGUAAGUAGUAACAAUGAUUGGGGCAGAUUUUUACAAGUAUCCGUAUUUUUAGGCAUUCAGAUCAGAUGCAGUCCGUAACCGCCCUAAUAAAAAAAACACUUGACGUGUUUCGCUUGAAGUUUCUGCAUAAAAAGCUUUAUAUGUUUAUUGUAUUGGACUAGGAAAUUAUAGACAAACCAUAAAACUGAGUGCCCGUCUAUGCGGUAUAGAGGUGCGACCGAAGAUUAUAUAACAUAGAUAUUAUAUCACUAGCGCAUCAAAACUGAAGCGUCUUAAUUUCAUUGAGUCACAUAGUAAAAAACUAAAUUUAUUUAAAUAAAUCAUACCUAAAUAUUGUGUACAAUGUCGACUUGUGUGUUCAGAAACUGUAAAAACCUGUAUAAUAUACACAAAUAUAUAUAAUAGUAUUAAAUAGAAAAUUGUGCGUGUGUGCGCUCAGUGGAGUAGCUACAUUCGGAUCACUGCGAUGAUUUUGUAGGCACGUAACAUAUCUUUAUAAAAUAUCGUUGGGUGCGGCGUAUAUUAAUGAGCGUAUGAAGAAUACAUCUGCCGCUCGCUCUCCAAUUGCUCUUCUGAGGGCUUACCUUGCCAUUGGGUACCGCAUAGGACAGCUUCGUGACUUAGACUUGUGACUUGAAUUAAAGUCCGGCCGCUCAGAGAGAUCUCCGAGCUGGUUUCUGUUAGGUCAUGACCGAAGUGAAUUACAUUGCCUCUUGAUCGUGUCUGAUGAGACAAAAUCACGAGGCCAUGUAAUUGAAUAUGUUUGUCCCAUUCGCUCACGACCAAUUAAAAAUUAAAAUUAAAAUUAAACGCAAUCUCUGAGCGGCCGGACUUUAAUUCAAGUUCACUCCUACGCGAUCGAAUAUGCACCACUCUGACAGUAGAUGUAUACUGAAACAGAAAACAGCUAAACUCGCAUGAUUAUUGUCGAAAUAUGAUUAAAGUAGCUUGUUUAUGCAACGCGGCUUAAAUAUAACUCAACUGUUUAGUUAAAAUAAGUAAGUUCAGUUUUCCGUGAUAUUUAAUUUAUGAAUUUCCCUAAAUCUGAGGCGAAAAUUCCCAUUACUAUAGAAUUCCUGUUACUAUUUGCUAAGCUUAUUUAUACGUGCAAAGCUUUAGUUUAUGAUAAAAUAUUUGGACAGUUAUAAUGAAAACAUAAGCAGUGUAAUUCCAUCAGAUUAUUCCAUAGACUAUGGAGACAUUUCUAUUAUUUUUGUAAUUCUUUAUUUUGUAAAGAUAUGUAUUUAAAAUAUGUAAAUAUUGAGAAUGUUAUUAUCCAAGUCCUAUUUAAAAAAUGUUAAGAAAUUUAGUACCUAUUGGAUGAGUUUCUGAACGAUUGAGGACAAUUGAAAAUGGGCCUUUAAAGUUUUACAGUGGGAUUUGAAAAUGUAAAAUUAUUAUGGUUUCCAAACGGUAGAUUCGUAGGCCGUACUACUCAAAAUGGCCUUAAAACCUAUUUGCCAAUCAGACUUCUUUGUGGGCUCUGAAAAGAUAAUAUAUGAUGCCCGGAUAGUCUUAGGAAUUGAGUUCACAAAUGUUAAUGAGAUUAUGUAUUUACUAUUUAGAGUUAUAUUUUAUUAGGUAUUUAUAUUUAAAGUGCAAUGUUUAGGCUCUGGAAAGUAUAUAAAGUAUGAUGUAUUUUGAUUUUUGAAUAAUUUAAAAUUGUUUGGCUGGUUGUAAAUUUAUAGAAUGCCGUGUGGUUGAGUUGCAGUCUGCUGUAUAAUAUUUGUAGAAAGUUAUUCAAUAUAAAUUCACACUUA